GACAGCUUUGUUCGCAUUUGCCUCAAAAUCGAAACAAACCGCGAAGCAAAUCAACGCAGAAGGCGCGGGACACCCCAACAAUUGUACAUUAUUUUCACACCUUUCGUCGCUUCAAAACAUUCAAACAGCCCAAUCGGUGCGUUAACUAAGUGCUUACCCGUACGACAAACACGAAAAAUCAUCGGUGGCGGCGUAGCAAAGCCGUGUAAAUCCCUCCGUUCGCUUGGCGUUUGGUGCUGCCUUCGGUAACUGUGGUGUUUGCUACGUUGUUACUUUGGUGGGGCCCCCCGUUUGCAGAGAAAACACCAAAGUGCAAACAUUCACACCGACAGCGGGCUAGCGGGCAACGAAACUUCCUACCCCGGAGCGGAACUGAGACAGGCGCGGGCACAAUGGCAAGCUCAUCAAGGGACGCCCAUUUGAACAAAGUGUGCUGCUACUCGCACCCGGAGGCACCACUGAUAGAGGACUACCGGGCCGGCGAUAUGAUAUGCUCCGAGUGUGGGCUGGUGGUGGGCGAUCGGGUCAUCGACGUGGGCUCGGAAUGGCGUACGUUUAGCAACGAAAAGGCAGGCGUGGACCCGUCCCGUGUCGGUGGGCCGGAAAACCCGCUGCUCAGCGGAGGCGAUCUGUCCACCAUGAUCGGUCCCGGCACUGGUCCCGCGUCGUUCGAUGCAUUCGGAACUGCCAAGUAUCAGAACCGCCGCACGAUGAGCAGCUCCGACCGGGCGCUGAUUGCGGCGUUCAAGGAAAUCAGCACGAUGGCGGACCGGAUUAACCUGCCGAAAACGAUCACCGACCGGGCGAACAAUCUGUUCAAGCAGGUGCACGACGGCAAAAACCUGAAGGGCCGCUCGAACGAUGCCAAAGCGUCAGCCUGUCUGUACAUCGCCUGCCGGCAGGAGGGCGUGCCGCGAACGUUCAAAGAGAUCUGCGCCGUCAGCAAGAUCAGCAAAAAGGAGAUCGGACGCUGCUUCAAGCUCACGCUCAAGGCGCUCGCCACCUCCGUCGAUCUCAUCACCACCGCCGACUUCAUGUCCCGCUUCUGCGCCAACCUGGACCUACCAAAUGUGGUACAGCGUGCCGCUACGCAUAUAGCCCGGAAAGCGGUCGAAAUGGACAUCGUGCCCGGCCGGUCACCCAUCUCCGUGGCGGCGGCCGCCAUCUACAUGGCCUCGCAAGCGUCCGACAACAAGAAAACACACAAGGAAAUCGGUGACAUUGCCGGCGUGGCCGACGUCACGAUCCGCCAGUCGUACCGGUUAAUGUACCCGCACGCGGCCGAACUGUUCCCCGAGGACUUUAACUUCCACACCCCGAUCGAUCAGCUGCCCCCGGUAUGAAUUGAAUUAUUUAAUACGGUGUAUAGAUUGAGCGGGAACACGGUAGAGCAGCAAGGAGAGUAGAUCAGAAAAGGUCAUACGAACAACCACCAUCAGGUCUUAUAGGAAUUAUAAUUGGAUUUGUUGCUACGAAAACCAAGCACCAACGCUCCCCUUUUCCUCUCUCCUAGGGGAAGGAAUUAAAAUCGAUAAUAGACAGGAUUCACUAUAUUACACAGGACGAUACACACAAACACACAGUGAUCGACAGAACGUGGUUUCGUUCCCAGCAAAAAGGAAUAGAACCACACAAGCGGAAUCAGUUGUAUAGCGUACACGCAAACAUCCUUUUGGAACACAGUUUGGAGCGCAAUAAGGGCGGCUCUUGACCAUCACUCCACCCUCCACUCCCCUCCCAAAAAGAAGAAGAAGAAGAAAAAACAAAACCUGAUGAAGAAUUGUAUUAUUUUCACGCUCGUUGUUUAUCGUUAUCUUUUGUAAGGGAUUAUUUACUUAGAUGAAGAAUUAUUUUUGAUACUUUGCGAGACAGCGAGCAGAGAGCCCUUUCCCCCUCGGUACAUUUAAAUAGUAAAACGAGGGGGAGGGGGAAGGGAGGAGAGGAUACAAAACAAAAACAUGGGCACCAUCGUUGGAACAAACAAAGAAAAAGGAAGCGGAAAAGAAAUGGUGAGAAAAAAAAGAACUAGAAACAUAUAAUGAACUGAUUUAUAAGAUAAAAACUAAAUAAAACAGUGCAACACAAAA